GCGCCGGGACAGCGGCACUGAGGCUGCGGCCCCGCCAUGGCUCCCGGCUCCGAGCAGCUCUUCGACUCCCUGGGUCACUUCGGCAGAUUUCAAGCAUGUGUGUAUUUUGCAUCUGUCUUUCAAGCUAUGUCAUGUGGCAUCCAUUACUUAGCAUCUGUGUUCAUGGCUGUUACACCUAACUUUGUAUGUGGGAUCCCUGGAAAUGUGAGUAGCGUUCUCUUCUACAACUCCUCUAAAGCAAGUCUAGAGGACAUCUGGACAACGUGGACAUCAACAGAAAAUUACAUUGUAGCCCAGCUGGAAAAUGGAGAAAUCUGGGAACUUAAUCAAUGCAGCAAGUCCAAACGAGAAGUCAGUUUUGACCUAGAGUAUGAAUAUAAAGGCAACAAGUCCAUAUUUUCUUGUUCUGAUGGAUUUCUUUAUGACGAUACAAAAUGGAAGAGCACUGUUGUUACGCAGUGGGAUCUGGUCUGUGACCGAGAAUGGCUGGCAAAAUUAAUCCAGCCUACGUUCAUGCUUGGAGUCUUGGUUGGAGCGGUGAUUUUUGGUGACAUUGCUGACAGACUGGGAAGACAGCGCGUUAUGUGGUUCACAAGUGCUGGUCAGUUUGUAUUUGGCAUCACAGUGGCAUUCACGUUUGACUACUACAGCUUCGUGAUUGUUCGCUUUCUCCUUGCUAUGGUUUCAAGUGGCUAUCUGGUUGUGGCUUUUGUUUAUGUGACUGAAUUUGUUGGCAUUAAAGCACGAACCUGGGCUUCUAUGCAUGUCCAUGCUUUUUUUGCUUUGGGAAUUAUGGUUGUGGCACUCGUGGGAUUUUUGGUUCGGACCUGGUGGGUGUAUCAGAUAUUUCUCUCCAUAGCAACUCUUCCCUUUGUCUUGUGCUGCUGGAUGCUUCCAGAAACACCUUUGUGGCUGCUAUCAGAGAAAAGAUAUGAAGAUGCACAAAAAGUAAUCAAUAUAAUGGCAAGGUGGAACAAAGUAAGCACUUCCUGCAAAGUGUCUGAACUGUGCUCAGUCCAACAAGAUGACCCAGGCACUGACAGAACAAGUGGCAGUGGUGCAUCCUCAACCAAGAAGCACACCAUCUUAGAUCUGUUUUGUAAUUGGUACAUUGCAAGAAGGACCAUCACGAUCUGGCUGGUCUGGUUCACUGGGAGCCUGGGGUACUACGUCUUCUCCCUGAGUUCUGUCAAUCUAGGAGGCAAUGAAUAUUUAAAUCUGUUUCUCAUAGGUGCUGUGGAGUUGCCUUGCUAUAUCAUUGCUUGCAUUGGGAUGGACAAACUGGGAAGGAGAAACACACUCAUUCCGUUCCUUAUUUUAAGUGCACUGAUCUGUGUUUUAAUUAUGUUCAUACCUCAGGACUUUAAUGUGUUAAUUAUCUUGGCAAACAUGGCUGGAAAAUUUUCAAUAGGUGUGGCAUUUGGCCUUAUAUACCUCUACACAGCAGAACUGUAUCCAACAAUUGUAAGAUCGCUUGCUGUUGGAAGUGGGAGCAUGAUGUGCCGUGUAGGCAGUGUGGUUGCUCCUUUCUGUGUGUAUCUGAGAAGUGUUUGGAUUUUCUUGCCACUUAAUUGCUCAGGUUGGAAAAAACCUUAAAGAUCAUCAAGUCCAACUGCAUAAAAUUCUUCUUUAGCCUUUUCCCUGACUUCCCUUGGACACUGCACUUUUGGAAUAGCCUUCCAGAAGAUCAAGACUGUCUUAGACUUACUAUGCUUAGUCUUCACAUCUAUGCCAGGGCAUCUGCUUUGUACUCUUCCUUUACGUGAAUCAAACUAAGCAAUUCAUGAAAUGGAAAAAGAAAAAAAAAAAGAGAAGCUAACGAUGAUGUUCAUGGUAACUUUGACAAGAAACAGGACCUUGGAUUCAUUAAGCACACUGUAAUGUAGAUGAUUUCCAGGUCAUGCUACUAUUGGAUCCUUAUCUCUAAUUGCCCCAGGAGAAGACAGGCGCAGACCAUUCCUUCAUAGAUCUUGGGCAUUGCUUCUAUGUUAUGUAGCUUCAAACCCAUUUUGGACAAAAUAUUUUGUUUCUUUCCUGCUCACAAUAAACUGUAUUUGUUGAUUACAUUCCUCUUACGCGUUUGCUGCUUAGAAAUCAUGCAGCUUUUCAAUACCUUUUUGUUCUCCUGGAAGAUAAUUUCUGCUGAUGCAAAAUUAUAAGUAAUUAUGAAGUUUACAUUAAGGUUAUAAGUGAACAAGAGCUUAUUAACAAUUUAAAAACAGUUUGAGUUCUUUCAAAACCCCCUAGAAUUUGCUUUGUCUAGCACAGCAAUGUUAUAUGUAAACUGGAUGUGUCAGAAGGUAAAAAUACAAUAGGAUGUGUCUUUGACCUAGAUUCUAAUUUUCUCUACCACACUGGAAUUUCGUGCAAAAAUGGCAUUGUGUCCUUUUGAUUUUGCAACAACAAUAACAACAGUGAAAACCUUAUAGAUGCUAGAUUGGUUUGAGAGAAUUCUUGGGAAUUUGUUUCAUAAUAUAAAUUAAUUACAUUCAAUUGUCUUAGAUGAAAAAAGCAGACCACAAAAUAAUUUAUUCCCUCAUGCUCCUAAAAACUGUUUUCUUUCUUAGUAAUGACCCCAUACUAACCAAUACAGCAUUUCAGGAAAGACACAGAAAACAAUAUUUGCACAACAGAGCAGCCAUAAGGGAGCUUCUCUUUCUCUGGUCAAUGUUUUGCUUACUAGCUGAGAUAAGCUUUAUCUGUGCAGAAGUGCUGCAGUCAAACCACAGAUGAUGAAUGCUCAGGUAUGCUGAAGAACAGUGGAAAUAGCAAUGUGAACUGAGGAAUUAUUUCAGCUCUGAGCAGCCCUCAGUGUGCAGAAAGUCCCCAUAGUAUUUGUGGAGCUGUGUAGUCGUUAACUGUGAAUAUGUUUUCAUUAUUAGCUCCUACUAUAAAGCAAUUGUCAGUUUAUUAAAUAGGCUUGUCUAAGCAUGGUGCAGAUCUUGCCAAGACUUAGGUAAAGUAAGUGGUUUGGAAUGAAAGUGAAAUUAAAUGGAUUACAUUUCUGAAUAAGCUGAUGUAUAUCAUGUUGACCUAUUGUAUACACCACGCACUGUCAAGCAGUUAAUGCCGCUAUUUGUUUGACAGUCUGCCUCGCAUACAGUUAUGCCACCUGUGAGCAAUGCAAACACCUCAUUUGAAUGCCUAUAAAUUUUGAAUAGCUUGCUAAAAAUGUAGUUUGUAUGCGACAACUUUCAAGAAGAGUUGUAGUAACGGUGCUGCUCUAUGUGUGUCCUAUUUGUGUUUCUCGGUGGUUCAGAAUUAUGUUCCAUUAGUAUUUUAACAGGACCUUGAUUUUUCUGUCAAAUGCAUCACAAAGCACAAACAAAAAUAACUUCACUGAGGUCAGUGAAGCCAAUUGAAUGAAAAUCCCGUGUUUUAAAUAUUUUUCAUUGUAGUUGAAUUAGGGAUUUUGCAAGUAAGAUUACGUUUUUAGACUGGUUUCAAGCAAUCAGAUAUGAACAUAUUUGAUUGUCAGGCUAGAAGAAUUUCUUGUUCUCAAAAGUAAGGGUGUUAUUUUGUAGGGAUAUUUAAUGCAAAUCAUCUCUCUCUCUAGUACAAGUCUACUAUCUCCCAGCCUUAUACCAGUGUGAAAUUAAAUUUGUUGCUUCAGGUAGUGAGGAAGACUUAAAAAAAUGGCAGCACAUCUUUUUUGAAGUUAUUCACGGUAGCUGUUAGAAACUGCUGGAUGCACUGAAGUGCUGGGAGUAAUUUGAGAGUUUGACUAAACUGAAAGUCAGAUUUCAAAUGAAGAGUCUGAAAAAGCAGUGACUUAAACACACACAGCUGCCACAUUAAUUUUAGUGGAGCUUAAACAUACUUAAAUAUUUUGCACAACAAUACACUUCAAUCCAUAAACGUUUAACUCUUGGCUAUAUCAGGAAAACGUUUUCUGAUGCUGAAUUACAUAUGGACAAUGUUACACACAGACAUAACGUACACAUACUGUGUGUGUUUGGAUCACACAUAGGGCCAGAUCCUGUCAGAUGCCACAUGAAGAGUAAUGUCCAGUUUGCUGAAGACUUGUUUUGAAUUAUUGUAACUUCACUGAUGAGUUUGGAUACUGUCCCUGAAAAAAUAGAAAAAAGAAAAAAGAAAAAAAGAUGAUGUUUGAAAAGUCACUUCAUUAAUAUGCUGUGAUUUAACUGUUUCAUAUUCUGUCUUUCAUAGGAAGCACUGGAAAAUGCAUUGUAGAUGAGGUAGAAGGGAAACAGAGGGAAUUAGCCUGGGGUGCAGCAAUAGAGAGCUGAGAUUAAAGGCAGGAAAGGUGGUGUUGUGCAGGUGUCCAGGAUAGUGGGAGUUCACAGGGCAUAAGAGGCAGGUUCAUGUGGAAGGGAAACACUAGAAGAAAGUGUCUGAAAGACCAUAUGGAACAGAGAAGACAUACAUCUACAAAGCACAGUGUUGUUUUAAUGUUGCUGUCAGGCAUCAGUAGUGACCCUGUUCUCAUGAACUCUGAGUGUAUGGAUAUCCAAAGAAAUUAGUAGUCUUUUAAGCUUCGGUCUCCUCAGAAUCCCUCAGUAUUCUCAAUUAUAAAUGUAUGACAGCCUAAGAAAAUGCAUAAGAAAGGUCAAUAUGGAAUAGAAUUUUGCAGUUUAUCCUGUCUUGCUGUGACAGAAAAUAACUUCUAAUAGUAGAGGAGAGUUUUGUGCUCAGUAGUGAGUGUGUUCUCUGUUCUAGUUGACUUUUCAGACACUUUGUAUUCUUCUCACUCAGUACUAUUUCCUCUGGUCCUAUUACUGCUAGGAUAUUUUUUGUAAUUUCACAUGGUGAGGGAAUGAAUAUUUUAUUUUCGCUGUCACUUGUGCUGUUAAACAGUAUUUUGAAGAAAGAAGAGUGUAUGGAACCAUAUGAAUUUUGCUUCUCAAAAAGUUACUUGAGACAAGGAAAAGCGGCAGAGUGCAUUUGCAUGAAAACAGCUCUGUUCAAGGUCACAGUGGAGAACUCCACUUUUAAAGCAUCUUUCUAACUUGAGAAGAAAGUCUUACUUAGAUGCAGAUGGUAGCGGGCCAGUUCUUGUCUCCAGCACUGUGCGAGGAAGAAAGGUGUUGUAGUUCCAAAUGUCUCACACUUGUAGGGCAAGUAUUAAACAAACAGCACAAACAUGAGAAUCAGCACAGGGCCAGAUAAAGAUAAUACAGUAUUAAAGAACACAGUCAUGAAAUGGAAAAACACUGAGGCCAGGCAUGAUGUACUGUGCAGAAGCAUUUAAAUCAAGAGAGAUUCGGAUUAUUUAUAACCUAACAUUGGAAGAAUGUCAAGGUUUUAAUGCCUGUACUGUACUUCAAAGGAGGAAAGUGGAAACUGUUCUCACUGAGCAAAUAAAGAAAUAAAGGGAAAAAGAGAUGCUUGUGGAGUGUGUGCAUCUGCAUCUAUCCUGCAUGGUCCUGGUGCUUGCUCCUUGACACCGAAGCAUGCUGUUAUGGUAGCAUGUAUGCCACAGACAAAUCCAAGAUGUGACCGUGGUGCACAUGUCAGUAAAUGCCUGCACCCCUACUGGAUCUAUAAUGAAAGUUCAGCAAAGUAUUCCUGUUGAGAGUUAUAGUUUCUGCUGACCACAAGUUAAGUGCUCUCCUGACCCCAGAUGCACAUUUCUGCAGCUCCAGGCCAACAGUCUGUACCUAGAAAUUCUGGUCUGGCUGUACAUAGGAUGAGCAAGGAUGCAGGUACAGGGGGAGAGGUUCAGGAGAUAGAGCGUGGAUUGAGGUUAUAGGUGGUGGGGAAGUUCCAGCUCUGUGAACAUGCAUGUAAAAUAAAUGAAUGCAAUCCUAUAAUCUAUUUUUAAAUACAUGCAUGGUAAUAGAAAUACCAAAUGAAGAUAUAUAUAUUCUCUUUUCUCAAACAUAAUUAUUCCUCCUUGCACUGUAUUGAUUCCUUAUGGAAAAAACAAACAAACAAACACUGCAUUUGUUCUUCAUUAAUUCUAAACUUGCAAUUCAUUAAUUCCGCCACAUAAGAUUUCAUUUACACAAUAAAAAAGGAGAUCUUUUGUACAGACAGCAUUUCAGACUUAUGAUAUUUGCUUUACACCGCAGUUCCUUGAAUUUUAUUUCAAGUGUACUCUCAAGCAAGACCAAAGAUUUGCAUACCUUGAAAAACAUUUCUACCCUUACAGCUGCUUUUUAUUU